UCACUACAACAGGAGGGACGAUUUACAUUAUAUAAACUGGCUCGUCAGCUCAUUGAGAUACAGGUCGUAGUAAGAAGGUGUCAUGGUGUGCGUACUGGAUACUGUAAUUGUGGGGUAGCUGUUCAGUCAGGAAAGACGGUGUUCUCUAUUAAUGGCUGCGAUACCAACUCAUGGAGAAUAAAUCAUCAGGGCUGUGACAACUCCGACAACGCCAUGGAAAUAAGAAAGCGCUCCACAUAUUAUGAGAUAUACCUACCCACGGGGGCACGCGUUGUCGUCUCUCUCUAUCGAACUGGAACCCGGAACAUGUACUUGAAUGUCAGGAUUCCAGGCACGAUCCUAGACGUGGGGGCGAGUCGUGGGUUGUGUGGUCAGCUUUCUGCCACAACUAAUGACGACUUCAUCAUGAGAAAUGAGAUGCAGGCCAGCAACUUCAAUACAUUCGUCAAUUCCUGGAGAGUAACGACGGGCGACCUUUUUAACCCGGACUAUGUACAAACACUUACAACGACAUCGCAGCAGCCCCCAAAGUACUGCUUCUGUGAAGGAGGAAGGAACAUCACAUGUUCCUCUCUUUCCACGAUGAACACUGAGGUCAAACCAGAACAUUACGAGGACGUUCCCUGUGUCGUACGUCUGAACAGGAAGAAGCGAGCAGUACAGAACACUAACAUCGAUACACAGCACCGAUACAAAAGGCAAACACCAUCGGAAGUUUGGACCAACCAGACUGCCGCUGAUUUCUGCAACAACCUAUUCGCGGCGUCCUCGACCGUCCAGCUGUGCCGCAACGUCCCAGGAGUCAACGUUGACAACAGCCGUGAUGACUGCAUUAGCGAUAUAUUGCUCUCUGGAACAACCGAAUUCCAAAUGAUGUCUAUCGACACAGUUCGUUCAUCCUGUGAGACUGAGGUGCUGCUCAACCCCGAUCUGUGGGUUGCUGACCCCAACAACCCAGGAGCCCCUUCAGUGUUUGACACCAUCACGAACAACGUCUGUCCUAACGACUGUAGCAGGAGAGGCACCUGUCAGAGAGGGCUGUGCGUCUGCAGUGCUGGAUUUGGCGGUGCUGACUGUUCCGUGGACUUGACCCAACCCCCUCAGCUGGACGAGGUCGAAGACAACGGUCACUGUGACCUGGCUACCAGCAGCUGCCAGAGACUGACAGUAUUUGGACUCACCUUCUUAGAAGAUGUGACAAUCAAAUGUCGAUCCACUAUGUUCACGGUGAGCAAUGGUGGAGACCUUCACCAGCCGAAUACCCAGGUUACAAAUGCCAUUGAGCGGAGCUUGAGUGAAGUGGAGUGUCCUGUGAGGGUAGACGCACCCAGGGGUAUCGUCACUGCCUACAACAUCUCCGUGGCCAACACUGGCAACAUCUACAGCGAGGAUGUCAUGGUUCUGGUGUAUGACAGCACGUGUGUCAGUGUUGAUCACGGUUCCAGGAACUGGAUUGUUAGGAACGGAUUCAGAGUAGAAAACGGCAGAUGCAUCAGCAACGACAGCUCAAGAUCAACAAGCCGAUCAACUCCAUCAUCAACAUCAACGUCAACUCCAUCAUCAACAUCAACGUCAACGCCGAUGAUAGAGGAAUAA